AUGUCAAAACUAAAGUUAAUUGACCCUAAAGUAGUGGUAUCUAGAGAAAAUGCUUCUAUUUUCCCCCUUUUAAUUGUGUUACCUCGAUUAACACAAUCAAAUGAUAAAUUAUUACAACAAAUUGAUGAUGAAUGGAGAUUAUUGUUUAACUUUGAAAUUCCUAAUGAAAUACUAAAUCAUUUAGAAGAACCUGAUGUUUUUUGGUUUAAAUUAUCUAAUUUACAGAUGGGAAAUCAAGAGUAUCCAUUUGUAAAUUUGGCAAAUUUUGCAAUUGAAGCUUUAUCUCUUCCUCACUCUAAUGCCGAUUGUGAACGUAUUUUUAGCAAGGUUAAUCUGAUAAAAGUUAAAACUAGGAACUGCUUAAAUACAGAUACAAUUCAAGCAUGCUUAUUAGCCUCGCAAGGAAUAAAAAUAAAAAAUAAUACUUGUAUAGAUUUUGUACCUUCUAAAAAAAUGAUAGAUUCUAUGACAACAAGUAAUCUUUAUGACAACAAUAGUAACGAUGAGUUUUGUUUUGAAGGAUAG